AUGGUCUUCACCUUCUCCCUAGAUAAGUACAUGAACAAGUACAUCCCACGAUCCCAGGUUAAGCAUUUUCCGGGACCGUUGCGCCGUCUCUUGGGUGGAUUUCCCGCCUCGGCCACUCAUGACUACUACAUCUGGCUCGAGAUUCUUGUAGCGUCCUUCUGUGGUAUUGCCCUUUUGGCUGGUGUUUUCCAGAGCCAUACUGCCUUCACUGCUCAUCAUGCUCAUAACAUAGUUGCUUCAUAUGCUGCAACGGCCAUUCUCUGUUUCAAUGCCUCCCAGGUACCCCUAGCGCAACCUCGAAACAUCUUCACGGGCCACUUUUUGGCAUCCCUUAUUGGCGUUUGUAUUGAAAAGCUCUUUUCUCUCUCUGCUGGCGGCAGAGACAACUACUGGGCUGCUGCUGCCCUAAGUGUGGCCGUGGCGUCAGUGGCCAUGUCUCUAUGCAACUGUGUACAUCCUCCAGCAGGUGCUCUGGCGAUGCUACCGCUGAUUGACGAAAACAUUCGGAAAAUGGGCUGGUGGUAUUUGCCUGUGCAGCUAGUGUCGCUGCUUUUGAUCAUCCCCGUUGCAUGUAUCUUUGGAAAUGUGUUUAGACGAUACCCAGUGUACUGGUGGACUCCUGGCGAGUGUGGUCUCUACUGGAAGAAGGAGGAAAAGAAAGAACCGGAAAAAGCUGAACCUUCUGAGGUCGAGCUGCUUGCUACGGGCAAAGAUGAGACUGCCCUGGAGUCUCCAGCAGCAGCCCUUGCCUAUUCGCCUCAACAGGAACCAGAAACUCAAAUUGCCCCUGUACCAUCACACAGCAGCACUAGGAGCCGCUGGUCUCACCGUCUAGCUCACACAGCCUCUAGAAAAACCUUAGAUGAAGGGACCCACACAAUAGUGUAUGUUCCUGGGCUACGAAAGAUCCUGGUGACCGCAGACGAGAUCAUGGUGCCUGCGGAAUUGGAUUUAGAUGACAUUCUGUUAGACUGGCUUCGACUGAUGCGGAUGGAAUUAAAGCUGUUGAGCGACCUUGACGAGUCUUCUCCUGUGUGA